AUGUCGGACCAAGAUUUUAAUGAAAAUGUUACUUUAGCAGAGUCUUUUAGUGAUACAGAUACGCUUGUAGGAUCUUUUGAUGACAAAACUGAAAUAUACAUGCAAGAAACAACUGAGAUACACACUCAUAAAGGAACUGAAAUACAAACUCAUGAAGGAGCUAAACUAUGUACUCAUGAAGUUACUAUACGAGAUGGAAAAAAUAUCCGUAAAGGCCGCUAUCAACCUUAUGAAGAUACCCAGUUAAUCCGUCUUUAUAAAAAAUUAAAAGACCAACAUAAGAAUAAUGUUUUCGCAAUGAUUGAACAGAUUAUGGAUAGAACUGCUAAAUCUCUGCGAGAACGAUAUUGUAACCAUCUCGAUGAAAGAAUCGACAGUUCAGAAUUACUACCAGCCGAAAAGACUCGAAUUUAUGAACUCUAUCAUAUGCUUGGUAAUCGCCCAGUCCACGCUGAAAUAGCGCGUUUGUUAAGUGAAGGGCGCGAGGAUGGUAGACGCAGAACAGACCUUAUUGUCCGGAAUUUUUUGUCACCAAAGUUAAAAAAGAAUAAAGAAAGUAGCACUCGCAUUAAAGAUAUGAUGGAUUUGAAUACUUUAAUACAUAAAGAUGAUGAAAUGGACCCGGAUAAUUCAAUAAAUAAUGAUAAAGUUGGCACGACCAAUUUAGCAAAUAAAGAUGAAAUGAAGCCGGUUGGUUUAGUAAAGAAACCGGUUGGUUUAAUAAAUAAAGAAGAUGAAAUGAGCCAGGCUAAUCCAAUGAAUGAAGAAAACAAGAUGGACUUGAAUAACUUAUUAAUAAAACAAGAUGGACGUGAAUAA